GCGGUGUUCCCGGAGGUCUUGCGACUGCAGCAGUGUCGCUCUGGUGUGACUGAGACUAACGACUUUCCCGCCGCCAGUUCUCUUCCGGCGUGUGUUGGUUUUUUGUUUUCUUUUUUGGUGCGGGGGCAGGUUGCGCCACGCAGGGAAUCGUCAGCCGCAGCCGGCUCUUCUCUGAGGAACGACGGCUAGUCCAGGCGGCAGCGGAGGACGACAAGUGGCAGGUGGAUUCGGCCGCCGCUGCCUGCGCUUCCCGACGGCCACGGCUGAGGCGAUAUGCCCGCGGUGCAGAAAACCGUGUCCGAGCUGCGGUUCAGGGCGGAGGGCUAUGAGAAGACAGAUGAUGUUUCAGAGAAGACUUCACUAGCUGAUCAGGAGGAAGUGAGAACUAUAUUUAUCAAUCAACCACAAUUCUCUAAAUUUUGUAACAAUCAUGUCAGCACUGCAAAAUACAACUUAAUCACAUUCCUGCCGAGGUUCCUCUAUUCCCAGUUCAGAAGAGCUGCUAAUGCCUUUUUUCUUUUCAUUGCAUUGCUUCAGCAAAUUCCAGAUGUUUCUCCAACAGGACGUUAUACCACCUUGGUUCCUCUCUUAUUUAUUUUAGUUGUAGCAGCAGUUAAAGAAAUAAUAGAAGAUAUUAAAAGGCAUAAAGCUGAUAAUGCUGUGAACAAGAAGCAAAUACAAGUGCUGAGAAAUGGAGCUUGGGAAAUUGUUCACUGGGAAAAGGUUGCGGUAGGGGAAAUAGUGAAAGUGACCAAUGGGGAGCAUCUCCCAGCUGAUCUCAUCAGUCUGUCAUCAAGUGAACCUCAAGCUAUGUGCUACAUUGAAACAUCAAAUUUAGAUGGAGAAACUAAUCUAAAAAUACGACAGGGUUUGCCGUUGACAUCUGAUAUAAAGGACAUUGACAGUUUGGUGACACUUUUAGGCAAAAUUGAAUGUGAAAGUCCUAACAGACAUCUCUAUGACUUUGUUGGAAAUAUCAGAUUAGAAGGGCAUGGCACAGUUCCACUGGGACCUGAUCAAAUUCUUUUGCGUGGAGCUCAACUAAGAAAUACACAAUGGGUUCAUGGGAUAGUUGUUUAUACAGGACACGAUACAAAACUCAUGCAGAACUCAACAAGCCCACCUCUUAAACUAUCUAAUGUGGAAAGAAUUACAAAUAUCCAAAUUCUGUUUUUGUUCUGCAUACUUAUUGCUAUAUCUUUGAUUUGUUCCAUUGGUUCAGUUAUAUGGAAUCAAAAACAUGAGGAGAAGGACUGGUAUAUCAAUCUAAACUAUGGUGGAGCUAAUAAUUUUGGACUGAAUUUCCUGACCUUUAUAAUUCUCUUCAAUAAUCUCAUUCCAAUCAGCUUGUUAGUUACACUAGAAGUGGUUAAAUUUAUUCAAGCAUAUUUCAUAAAUUGGGAUAUUGACAUGCAUUAUGAACCUACAGACACUGGUGCCAUGGCUCGCACAUCUAAUCUCAAUGAAGAACUUGGCCAGGUCAAAUACAUAUUUUCUGACAAAACUGGCACCCUGACAUGCAAUGUAAUGCAAUUUAAGAAGUGUACUAUUGCAGGAAUAGCCUAUGGCCAUUCUCCCGAAUCAGAGGAUUAUGGCUAUUCUACAGAUGAUUGGCAGAGUUCUCAAGACAGAGAAGAAAAAAUAUUUAGUGAUCCAUCAUUACUGGAAAACCUCCAAAACAAACAUCCAACUGCACCCAUAAUUUGUGAAUUCCUAACAAUGAUGGCAGUGUGCCAUACAGCAGUUCCAGAAAGAGAGGAUGAUAAGAUAAUUUAUCAAGCUGCAUCUCCAGAUGAAGGAGCAUUGGUUAGAGCAGCCAAACAUCUUCAUUUUGUUUUCACUGGAAGAACACCAGACUCUGUAAUUAUAGAAUCUCUUGGACAGGAAGAAAAAUAUGAAUUGCUAAACGUGCUAGAAUUUACAAGUGCUAGGAAAAGAAUGUCUGUGAUUGUCCGCACACCUACAGGAAAAUUAAGACUGUACUGCAAAGGGGCUGAUUCAGUAAUUUAUGAUCGGCUGGCUGAAAAUUCAAGAUACAAGGAGAUUACCUUGAAACAUUUAGAACUAUUUGCUACCGAAGGCUUAAGAACACUUUGUUUUGCUGUUGCUGAGAUUACAGAAAAUGACUAUCAGGAGUGGCUAAAUGUCUAUCAAAGAGCUGCAACGUCUGUACAAAACAGAGCACUAAAACUUGAAGAGAGUUAUGAAUUAAUUGAAAAAAAUCUUCAGUUACUUGGAGCUACAGCCAUAGAAGAUAAGUUACAAGACCAAGUGCCUGAAACAAUAGAAACUCUAAUGAAAGCAGAUAUCAAAAUUUGGAUCCUUACUGGAGAUAAGCAAGAGACUGCUAUUAACAUUGGCCAUUCAUGUAAACUCUUGAGAAAGAACAUGGGGCUACUUGUUAUAAAUGAAGGAUCUCUUGAUGCAACAAGAGAAACGUUAAGCCAUCAUUGCAGCACUCUUGGUGAUGCUUUGAGGAAGGAAAAUGAUUUUGCUCUUAUUAUUGAUGGCAAAACACUGAAAUAUGCCUUGACUUUUGGUGUAAGGCAAUAUUUUCUGGAUUUGGCUCUGUCGUGUAAAGCUGUUAUUUGUUGCAGGGUUUCACCUCUUCAGAAAUCUGAAGUUGUAGAAAUGGUUAAAAAACAGGUAAAAGUUGUAACAUUAGCAAUUGGUGAUGGAGCAAAUGAUGUAAGCAUGAUACAAACAGCACAUGUUGGCAUUGGAAUUAGUGGAAAUGAAGGGCUACAAGCGGCUAAUUCUUCAGAUUAUUCAAUAGCUCAGUUCAAGUACUUGAAGAACUUACUCUUGGUCCAUGGUGCCUGGAAUUAUAGCAGAAUUGCUAAAUGCAUCUUAUACUGCUUCUACAAGAAUAUCGUCCUUUAUAUUAUUGAGAUAUGGUUUGCAUUUGUUAAUGGAUUUUCUGGACAAAUAUUAUUUGAAAGGUGGUGCAUAGGACUUUACAAUGUGAUGUUUACAGCUAUGCCCCCACUGACACUUGGGAUAUUUGAGAGAUCUUGCCGCAAAGAAAACAUGCUAAAAUACCCUGAAUUAUAUAAGACUUCUCAAAAUGCACUGGAUUUCAACUCAAAGGUUUUCUGGGUUCAUUGUUUAAAUGGCCUCUUCCACUCAGUAAUUCUGUUUUGGUUUCCACUAAAAGCCAUCCAAUAUGAUACUGUAUUUGCUAGUGGCAAAACUUCAGACUACUUGCUUUUGGGGAACACAGUAUAUACAUUUGUGGUAAUAACUGUGUGUUUAAAAGCUGGAUUAGAAACUUCAUAUUGGACUUUGUUUAGCCAUGUAGCUAUAUGGGGCAGCAUUGCACUGUGGAUAGUAUUUUUUGGAAUCUACUCUUCUUUGUGGCCUCUUAUUCCUAUGGCACCUGAUAUGUCUGGAGAGGCAGCUAUGUUAUUCAGUUCUGGUGUCUUCUGGAUGGGCUUAUUAAGUAUUCCAACGACAGCUUUGAUCUUCGAUGUAGUAUAUAAAGUAGUCAAGCGAGCAGCAUUUAAGACACUGGUUGAUGAAGUUCAGGAGUUGGAAGCAAAAUUUCAAGAUCCAGGAGAACUUGUUCAUGGGAAAAGCUUAACUGAAAGAGCUCAGCUACUGAAAAAUGUCUUUAAGAAAAACCAUGUCAACUUGUACCACUCUGAAUCUCUGCAACAAAAUCUGCUUCAUGGUUAUGCUUUUUCUCAAGAUGAAAAUGGAAUUGUUUCACAGUCUGAAGUAAUAAGAGCCUACGAUACUACAAAGCAAAGACCUGAUGAAUGGUGAAGGAGAACAGAGCUCUGAGAUUUGCCAUAGUAAGGCAAACUAAUAUGUAAUUUCUGGGUCUGCUAACAAGGUCCAGUAACAGAGGUUAGAAGAAGAUGUAUGUUGUUGCUCUUAUUCCCUGAUGUUCACAUAUUGACAUAAGCACUGUGCAAUUAUACUGUAAUACACCAUCUCUAAAUUUUUCAACAAGUGUUACUUGGAUUUUGUAAACAGAGAUUGAAAAUUACCUUCAGUCUUUCCAGGCUGCUUAUUUACAGUGAAGCUGGAUAUGUAUUGUUCCUAUAUGCACACCUGGAACAUAAUGAACAGCCAGAUUACUCAACAUAGCAUACAUUGACAACCAUAGCCUUUGCAAAGGUUUACAACUGGUGAAUUGUUUAAAGUAACAAGCCUUUGAUUUCAACAAGUGCUAAAUAACCAUUUUAAAAUGACAUUAAUUCAUGUGAUGAAGUAAGAUUUUAAUGCAAGGCGCUUAUAGGGAAUUGUGUCAAACUAGCCUAAGAAGUUUGCCAAAGAAGUUCCAUAUUUCUCAUUUUAGUAAUCAUUUGCAGAGGACUUUUAAAGAAUAGUGAUGGCAAUGUCAAGUGUGAUAUCAGAAUUGCAUGCUUGAUACUCUGUACUUGAAAAGUUUUACAAUAAUGUGAACUUAAUACAGAUUAUUGCAUUCAUUUCCAGAUCUGUGGUCACUUUCACCUUUGGCCUUAUAAAAGCCUUUCUUUAUUCUUCAUGUUCAUUUAACAGAAAAGUGUAUAUUUAACACAGCAGCUAUUUUCCAUAUAAGGGGCAUUUGUCAUUGAGACUUAUUUGGCUUACAGACAAAUAUUGGUCUGCCUUAUAUCCUUUCAACGUUUUCAUUUCUAAUGGCACUGGUUACCUUUAGGUGCAAGACAGAAAGGAAUAGGUGGUGGAUUGAUUGAAUUUCCUUUUCCCCAAACAAAAGACUGAGCCAUGUCUUUGAUUGUUCACACAUGAUGUAAGAAAAUGGUACAUGAAUCCCGUGUGGGAUUUCCCCCAUGCCAAACACCUUUUUGCAUAUAUAGGACCCAGGCAAGAAUUAAAUACCAUGCACAAAUAUUUGUUUCCAUGCAUAAAUUGCGCUUACUGGAUUGAGUGACAAAUAUAUUUGAAAAUGCUGGGUUUUGUUUGCAAUUAGUUGUCAGAGCAUUUAUGUGCAAUUGGCUAUAAAGUAAUUAUUUUAUUUAUUUUCAUAAUUUAAAAGAACAAGGAACAAAUAUCAUUAGCUUAGUACUAUGCUGUAUUUUCAGUUUGCACUAUGAAACAAUUAUUUAAUCUUGCUCUCAAAUAGAUUCUGUAUGUACAGUCCCAAAUUUGAUUUAAAUUAGACUAUGCUAAAGUUUGAAGAUUUCAACCAAUAUAUUUUCUGUGUUUUUCUUAGGUGUAAAUGUUCAUAUAUAUGCUACUAAGGAAAGUAAGCUAACAAAAAAGUGUUCAUAUUCUAAUCAGUAAUGUAAUAUUUGCCUCCUCAUAACAGAAAUAUUUUAAUUACAUGUUUUUAAAUAUGUCAAUUUGUAAAAUCAGGAUGAGAAAGGCAGAAUCUGAUAUAGUAUUGCAAAUUAAUUUGUACUCUGCUAUGAGUUUUUAAAAGCCAUUUCAAUUUGUCUAUUUUUAAAAUAUAUUUUAUAUAGAAAGUCCCAUCUCUGACAUUAGUGCACUGAACAACUGUUCUACCUGACUAAACACAAGUAUAAAGUCAAGUAUAAACAUUCAGAUAAUGCAGUUGUGUGAAUGUUGCCGCAUUAGAUCCAACUUAUAAAGUUUGACUCACUCAUAGUUGCAAGGACCGUUUUCCCCCCCACUAGCAAUCAUUAAACAGAAAAUAAAACAAAAGGAACAAAGAUCCCCCAAAAUCCAUCUUACUAAAAACAGCCCUGCUUCCAGUCUUGCAGCCAGAAAUCGCCUUCAGGGAAGUUUCUUCAGGCAUAGAUAAUGAAUGAAUCAACAAAGAGGGCCAAAUCACUUGACCCUAAAGCACAGAAAAAAUCCAGGGCAUGCCCUUUGCAAAACCUGGGCUGCUACUUUAUGUUGUCCAAGGGACACAUCCAUUCCGACAGAUUUCCCAAGUGAACAUUAAAAAAACUGUAAUAUUCUAGCAUACUUUCAAUACAAUUCUAAGCAGUGCAUAAUUCUUUUUAGAAUAAAUAAAUAAAGUCAGUGUGUAAUUCAGCAGAAACUAUUAGCUCUGCUACAUAUCCUGCUCUUUGCUCCCAGCCCUAAUGCAACCUGUUAUGACCUCUGACAGAAGUGAUCAUCUGUAAGGAAGAAAUAGGGCAUACUUGAUUCAGUUCCCACACCCAAGACAAGUGGUUAGAGUUUACAAGUACCAGAUGCACCACAUAAAUCUUGGAUGCUGGAUGCAGGUGUGUAUCCCUACUGCUUUUCCUGCAGCACGAAACAGUUGCAUGCGAAUAAUGCAGGAGAAUGAACUGCAUGCAGAAACCUAUUUCUACACACACAGAAGCCAGUUCCCUUACAGGAUCAAGGUGAAGGAUCAUGGUGAAGGAAUAAAUAUUGCAUUAACUAGAGUUUAGGAAAAGAAAGUUCCUUGAUUGCCUAUAUUUAUAAAAAUGACACACAACAGAUGUUCAUUUUAGCUCCCUCUUUGCUGCCUAAAAGUAGGCAGCUCUUAGCACAUAUCCCUGAUCAUAGGAUUUUAAACUGCCGGUGAUUAUGUUACGUCUUUUAUCAUAUUUGCCUUUGUAUGGUGCAUCUUUAUUCAGCACAUCUCAAUUAUUCUAAAGGAGUAAUUUCACAACUUAAUUUUAAUUUUCACCCACCAAUAUUAAUUUUUAUUCCAACCCAUUUGAAUUUUAAAAAUACCUUUUCAUAUACUGGCUGUAAUUUUGUGUAAUAGCAGUCAAUAUUUGGAAACCUGCGCUUUAUAAAACAUGUUGAUUGCGUAUUUGUACUGUCUUUAAUAGCUUAGACAUUUUCUGAAAUUAAAAUCCAAAUUUAAUUUUCAAGAAAGAGUACAUGCCCAAGUAAGUUAGAUUUAUUUAAACAAAAAUUAGGAUAUCAAUUAUAUCCGUUAUUUGGGAAAUAUACAUUUCAUAACAAAAGACUAUAUAAGUGGUUUAAUAUAAUAUUUGGGCCCAUUGGUUGGUAGGCAUACAUUAAGUACAGUCACUAACUAUAAUGUACUCAUUCUGAAAUGUUAAACUUUCACAUUUCUCUUAAUUAAAUCCAUAAAAGAAAUUGUGUAUUUUGUAUGUAUUAAAUGUAUUGUGAAAAUGGUGCCAUUCAGAAAUUAAUAGAACGUCUACACCUCUUGUAUUAUUUUUAAUUACUUGUGAGAAUGUAGUACCUAACCAGAACAUCAGCUAAUUGGAAACACUUUGAGAAGCCAUAAGUGGACUUGUUUUUCUUAGUGUUAGAUUUAUUUUUGCAAACAAAUUUUAACAAAUUUAUAGCUAACAACUUUCUAGUUGUAUAAAAAUAGAGUAAAUAUUUAAAGAAAUGUAAUACAGUCUCACAUGGGAAUACUUUUUUUUCCAUCAUUUAAUUCUAAAUUACUUGCUGGAGAAUUGGACCAUAUAUUUAGUUCCCCUCUUUUUCUACUGAUUUACGUAUCGUGCUAAAGUAGUUGUUAUUUUGGUAAGUUUUAUCAGUCUGUCUGCAUGAAUUAAUAUGUCAUAGUGUGAAUCUGAACUGAUACAUGCUUGUGCUAUAAAGCUCAUUAUUUUUUCCUUUGGCUGAAACAUGCACCAGGCCAUAUCUAUUUGGUAAGCAAAAGUAUGUGUUGGUUAAACAGCUACUUUAUCAGCCUCAUUUUAUUAGUAUUGAAUGUAAACUCAGAAAAUCAUAUACAUGUUGACUGAUGUUGACAGCAAUACAAGAUGCGGUAAACUAACUGGAUUACUGACUCAGUAGACCUAUGGUGAAAAUUGGCAGAGUUAGGUCUGUAUAGGUUGUUUCAACACAAACUUUUGCAUCCGUUCAAUAUUUUGUAAUUGCAAAACUGUGACCCAAAUGUGUAAAAGUAAAAUCAUGUUUUAGUGUUUUUUUUUCUUGUUCUACAAUUGAAGCCAUAAUGCAUUAAUAAUGGUUUUCUACUGCAACUUGAUUUUCAUGCAGCCAUAAAAGGCAGGCACUGUAUAAAAGUUCAGACUGCAUUCAAGGUAAGGUAGGAAUUUCCAGCUCCACUGAACCAUUACUGCUGAAACUACUGUGGAAAUUGUGAAGCUGCAUGAAUGGAGAGAUUUUGACUCAGUGUUUGGUAGUUUUCCUCAGGUUUAGUUUUAAAUGGAUGUUAAGUGCACUGUUUUAUAACGUAAUUAAAUUUUAGUAAUAUAUUCAGUUCUAUGCAGUGUUACAUGUCAUUGGCCUUUUGUGAAUGUGCAUGUUUUGAACUGCAAAUUUUAAAUGUUUUGUCUUCUAAUUGUUAAAAAUAAAAUAAACCUUGUCAUUAAACUCU